AUGACCGCACCUAGAGUUGCAUGGAUAGGCCUCGGCAACAUCGGCCGAGGCAUGAGCCAAAACAUCUCCCAAAAGGGCCCCCAAACCGAACCCCUCCUCCUCUACAACCGCACAACCGCCCGAGCAACAUCCCACGCCUCAAAACUCCCCAACACCAAAGCCGUAACAACCCUCACAGAAGCCGUAUCUCAAUCCGAUGUGAUCUUCACCUGCGUUGGCGACGACGCUGCCCUAAACUCAAUCGUCACGGCAAUCCUUUCAGACCCCACAAUCCCCCAAGACCUAUCAGACAAGACCUUCAUCGACUGCUCAACCGUGCAUCCUGAUACAUCGCGAGCUACCGAAACAGCGAUCAACGCACGUGGAGCUGGAUUCGUCGCGUGUCCAGUAUUCGGGGCACCGAAUAUGGCCGAUGCGGGACAACUUAUUGUUGUUCCAGCGGGUAAGCGAGCAGCUAUUGAGAAAGUGCGGCCGUUUUUCGAUGGGGUUGUGGCUAAGAAGACGAUUGAUCUUUCGGCGGGGAGUGGAGGGGAUAUUGAUGUUGGACGGGCGUCUACGCUGAAAGUACUGGGUAACACGUUCAUUCUUAAUACUGUCGGUGUUCUUGCCGAGGCGCUUGUUGCUGCUGAGGCGUCUGGGCUUGGGGUUGAGCCGUUGCAGGAAUGGUUAGGGCUUUUUGCGCCAGGGCCGUUUGCUAAUUAUGCGGAGAGGAUGGUUGGUGGGGAUUAUUGUACCCGGGAGGAGCCGCUGUUUGCGGUUGAUCUUGCUAGGAAGGAUUUGGGGCAUGCUUAUGGGAUUGCGAAGGAAGGGGGUCUGCAGAUGAAGAAUGUUGAGGUUAUGGAUGGGCUUCUGGAGGUAGUUAAGGAGGAGAAGGGGGCUAAGGGAGAUGUUGCUGCUGUGUAUGGGGCUGUUAGAAAAGGAGCAGGUAUGGAAUUUGGGAAUCAAUAA